AUGGAGAGAAGACGCCCUUCUUGCAGCGACUCAUCAUCUUGCAGUGAAGCUCAGACAUACUUAUGCCCGGAGAAGUUCGAAGAAACGUCAACCGUUGAUGGUCAGACGUUACUACCCGUCGACGGAGGUUUCCACGCAUGGAUGUUUCUGGCGGCUUGUACAAUGCUCGAGGCUUUGAUAUGGGGAUUCGCCUUUACCUUUGGAGUCUUCCAGAAAUACUAUCACGACCAUGAAGCCUUCCAGGAUUCUGGCAUGGUAGCUGUUAUUGGAACAUGUGCCACAGGAAUAUCCUAUUUGAGCUGUCCACUAGUUAUUAUAAUGAUGAUCCUACUUCCUCAGUGGGGACGUUGGUUCUCAUCACUAGGGCUGAUUAUGAUGUGUCUUUCCUUGGCAUUGGGCUCAUUUUCCACCAAUGUUACUCACCUCGUGCUCUCCCAAGGAGUCGGCUUCGGAAUCGGCGGCUGUAUAGCAUACAGUCCAUCCAUCUUGUACAUGGAUGAGUGGUUUGUCCACAGACGAGGACUGGCGUUCGGGAUAACGUGGGCUGGAUCAGGAGUGUCUGGAAUAAUUUUCCCGAUUGGCCUCGAGAAGCUGUUGAAUCGCUUCGGAUUCGAAACUACGCUUAGGGUAAUCUCGGUGGUGAUCUUUGUUCUCGCUGCGCCUUUCAUAUACUACCACAGACCCCGGCUCCCUGUCAGAAAAACAGUCGACUUUCAGCGUCUGAACUUCCGUUUCCUUACAACCAAGGUAUUUUGUUUCUACCAACUCGGCAACAUCAUCGAGGCACUCGGGUUUUUCUUGCCCGGAAUCUACCUGCCGACUUAUGCGCGUAGCAUCGGCGCUUCAGAUUUCCUCUCCUCGUUGACGGUCACGCUUUUGAAUCUGGCGUCGGUUUUUGGAUGUGUUACUAUGGGCCAUCUGGUAGAUCGUUACCACGCCAUCACCUGCAUCACCAUCUCAACGGUCGGCAGUACACUUUCAGUUUUUUUCCUCUGGGGAUUCUCAGCAACCUUGUCCACUUUGUUCGUCUUUUCCAUCGCAUACGGAGUAUUCGCAGGGUGUUACUCAGCGACGUGGUCGGGGAUGACGCACGAGGUCCGACGAGUCAAUCCGUCUGCCGAUGCCACUAUCAUCUUCGGUUUUAUUGCCUUUGGGCGCGGAAUCGGAAAUGUUGUUAGCGGUCCUUUGAGUGAGGCUAUACUUGGUGUAGACCCAUGGAAGGGCUCUGCUGUGGCGGGAUAUGGCAGUGGAUAUGGGCUCAUCAUCUUGUGUACGGGGAUUAGUUGCUUGUUGAGCGGAGUAUGUAUAGUCGCACAUUAUAUGAAAUGUAUAUAG